GAUGUUAUCAACUCAAUGGUAACAACAUUAUCCGUGCUUAUUGUGUCUGUGUCGGCUCUAAUACCAGAAACCUCAAAAAUGACAAUCCUUGGAGGGGUGUUUGGUCUCCUGACAGUAAUAUGUACUAUUGCCGAUUGUGCCCUUAUGUGCCAGAAACUUCAGUUAAGGCCACACGGACCUUAUCAGAAAAGGUCUGCUGAUGACAUAGAUGAAGGAUAA